AUGUUUGCAGCCCGAUUUGAUCCAACCAAAACAUAUUUGGGUGAAGAACAAAGAUCCCAGCCAGUCAAAUCGAUCUUACCUCUAAAAAGAGCACAAGAAGAUGUUGAAAGUGAAGGAGAUCACCAGGAGGACUAUGUCAAUGAAGAUGAUGACCUUGAAGAAGAUGAUCAAGAAGAAAAUGAACAAGUCGAGGGCAAGCAAGAAGGCAAGCGUUCAAGAAAUGACAAUACAGCGGAGCUGUUUGAUGAUAAAAAUGUGAACGCUGCUAGUGAGAAUAAUGACUCUGAUGAACAUGCUACUGCAAAAUCAGCGAAUGAAAAUUCACAAUCAAUCCAAGAGGAGGUAGCGGAUACUGAAAUUGAACAAAAGCAUUCCUCGGUAAUUUCGAGGUUUCAAAAGACAUUAUCUCUUCAACCAAGCAUCUCUGAGUUUGAGGGAGUGGAGCAUGAUGAAAGUUCAGAUAUUGUACCGCAUGAUCUUGCUCCUAUUCCCCAACCAGAUGUGAUCCGCGAUGAUGUUCAAAAGCUCAGCUUGAGUACAAAUGCUGAUAAAUCUGUCGCUUGGCAACACACUGAGAGGAUACACUAUGACAACUCAAUGAUCAAAGAGUUCAAAACCUAUUCUGGCGAAAUUGACGGUAAAAUCUUGGGAAACAUAGACAGAAACUUCUCAAAUAAAACGUUUCCGAUUCAAACCGUAUUGUUGGAUACAAUUUUGCAGCCUCUCACUUUUGCUCACUCAGUGUCUAAAAAGAACUACCCUAGACGUUGCGGCGAUAUUUUAGUAAACGCAUCUACUGGUUCUGGUAAAACAUUAGCUUAUUCAAUCCCGAUCGUACAAAUUCUUGCAAAACGCACGGUCAACAGAUUACGUUGUCUAGUUGUCGUUCCCACAAAAAUAUUGAUCCACCAAGUCUACGAAACAUUUGUCAAAUUGUCUCAAGGAUCGAGUCUUAUUGUGGGUAUAUCAAAACUCGAAAAUUCGUUGGCCGAAGAGCAUAAAAAGUUCAAGCACCAAGAGCCCGAUAUAAUAAUAACCACACCAGGUAGGUUAGUUGACCAUCUUCAGAUGGACAGCUUUUCGUUAAGCAACCUAAAAUUUCUGGUUUUAGACGAGGCUGACAGACUGCUAAAUCAAUCAUUUCAGAAUUGGUGCCAAGAAUUACUUACAAAGCUUAAGAUUGACAAAGAUGAUGAUAGACCAGGAAAUGUAAUGAAAAUGAUCUUUAGUGCCACCUUAACCACUAACACAGAGAAGCUGCACAAUUUACGCCUGAACAAACCCAGAUUGUUUAUGAUGAACACAGUUAAACUGUACAAUCUGCCAAAGCUUUUGCAAGAGUGCAAUAUUCACAUACCUACUGCGAAGAGUUCGCUAAAGCCUUUAAUUAUCUUAAAACUUUUAACAUUACUUACUGGUAAGCAGAAGAGAAUUAUCAUAUUCGUGAGAAGUAAUGAAUCUUCUAUAAGAUUGACAAGGCUGCUUCAAAUCAUGGUCAAGAAUGGAAUUAACGAAGGUCGAGCAUUGAAAAUUUCUUCAAUCAACUCCAACAACAGUAAAGGUGAGAACCGAAGGAUAAUCAAUGAAUUUUCGGCAUGUACUGAUGAAUCACAAGUAAAUGUACUAAUUGCUACCGAUUUGAUGUCUAGAGGUGUUGAUAUAAAUAACAUAACGCAUGUGGUUAAUUAUGACUUGCCUGUAUCCUCCCAACAGUAUGUCCACCGUUGUGGUAGAACAGCGAGAGCUCAGACAAACGGUAUAGCAUAUAACAUAUUGGUUGGAAAAGGUGAAAGAAAAUUUUGGGCAAGUAACAUCGAUGCUGAUCUAAGUAGAGAUGCUGAUGGUUUCCAAGUUAAAAUCUAUGGAGAUGACGAAAAUGCUGCAAAAGAUAAUGAUAUCCUACAUAUAGAGGCUUCAGUCGAGGAUACCUACAAAAAAUGUUUACAAGAGUUACAAAAAGCUGUUUUAGGUAAUUAA